AUGGCUCGAGUUACGUCCCCUCUGUUCCUGCUGCUCAGCAUAGCAUUCGGCGUGUUGGCCGAGCAACAACUGCGUUUUGAAGGGUAAGUGGUGACGUCUGCGUCCUAUCAAACGUGCAUUUUACUUCCAUUCACAGAAAGAAAAAUUGAAAUAUGCUUUAAACUUUUUUUUUUUUGGUAAACCAAUUUAAAUGAAUCUAUAUCUAUACAGUUGUUAUAUAGAUAAAAUAAGGUCCGCAGAGAGGUCUUUUCUGCCCCAAGCAUAUCUUCAAGAUUUUGAAAUGAGUUGCAAUUAGGAAAAGGGUGAAUUGAUAGGGGUGCAAGGAAAUGGGUGCAAUUAUAGGGUGCAAGGAAAGGGGUGCAAUUAUAGGGGUGCAAGGAGAGGGGUGCAAGUAAAGGGGUGCAAGGAAAGGGGUGCAAUGAAAGGUUUGCAAUGACCGGGGUGCAAGGAAAGGGGGUGCAAUGAAAAGGGUGCAAUGAAAAGAAAGCGAGUGAAGGGGUGCAAGGAAAGGGAUGCAAGAGAAGGGGUUUAAAGGAAAGGGGUGCAAGAGAAGGGGUUCAUUCAAAAUAAAAUUAAAAUAAAAACAACGGGAGUAAAAGAUGUUAUAAUUUUAUUAAUGUUGUCAAAGUUUCUGCUCCUUACUCAUAUUUAAUACGUUGACUCUCCAGCUAAGCAGUUCUUUCCCCAAAAUCUCUUCUCCGUGCUGAUAUAACAUUAAUCGACCUUCAUUAUUGAACUUCAUACAAACCAGUUCAACUUCGUAUCCACUCUGUUUACAGAUUUACAAAGGCAGCCAUCUUUAACUGAUAUUAUAUAAUUUUAAAACGCAUGUAACUGGCUACCAUCCUUCUCGAACCCGACUUUGAAAGAUGACUUAAUCAUGAUUUUAAAAAAAUAGACUUAAUCACACUGUUUUUAAAUAUACAUACGCUGCCGAGGUCACAGGUUUCUCGAAUUAAGAUCCUUACGUUGGAGGAAUAACUAUUCUGAUAUUUAUAAUAUGUAUACUGUGCAACACUUAGGCCUCUCACUCAUUCAAAUUUGAUGUCUCUACCUCCUCUCUGCUAUCAACUUCUGGUCGUGUUCUCCAUGCCCCCCUCUCAAUGAAUCUAUCUCUAUUCCCAAAGCCAUCAACUCCUGACCAUGUUCUCCCUGUCUCCUUUUCACUGAAUCUCUCUAUAUUCCCACAGCUAUCAACUUCUGGCCGUGUUCUCCAGAGACCACGAGGAUGUGAAAUUCCUCAACGAUCUUGGCGAGACCUAUGUCGAUGUAAGUGAACCUGAAUUAUUAGAGCCCCCACCCCCUCCUGUAUUACCAUACAUCAUACAUGCCGUUAUGUUAAUCUGAGGUCACGUUGGGGAUUAACCAACAGUCUCUACCUUUAAACCGGCAUCGUUAACUGUAUAUUGCAGCUGGACUUCUGGAGAGACCCCGUUCCCCAACAAAACGCCACCGUUCUGGUGCCACCAACCCUGCUGGGCCCAGUGAAGACCAAACUGACCAGUCGUGGGAUCACCUUUGUAAUCCUGUCUGAUGACGUGCAGAGGUCAGUACUAUAGCAACCGAAUAAAGGGAGGGAACGUCUUUUAGAGAAAUUAAAUAAAGGGAGGAAAGCCCUUAUUAAUUAAAGGGCGAAAAUCUGAGACAUACAAUCAUUAAAUAAAGGGAGAAAACACUUUUAAAAAAAAAAUUUAAUCAUAAAAAAAUAAAAUAAUUAAACCAGAAACCGUGUGUUUCUGAAGAAUUUUUUUUCUAGUUUUUUAAGGGACUUUUAUUAUGUCAGGUUCCAUCCUUCGACGUCACCACUUCCACAAACACACAAUUCUCAACACACGCUAGGUUCGCAGAAAAAACACGUACAGUACGAGUUACAGAAAAUGUAGCUUUUUUUCCCCCCCUUCAAAAUUAUGAACUUCACACUCGCUAAAUGGGUUCCAGACUACUCUUAAACUUAGAUCCAUUCACUUUCUUGCAUUUUAAUUACGUGCUGAAUCAGCAAAGAUAAUUUUUUGCGAAGAUAUCAAAUGAAAAUAAGUAGAAAGAGUUCCUCUGUUUUAGAUGUCAUUGGGACGAGAUUUAGUAACUCUGUACUCACGUAGCCAUCUUUAAAAUCGGUAUAUAUAUAUAUAAAUAUAUAUAUAUAUAUAUAUAUAAAUAAAUAUCCAAGGCGGAUAACUUAAGGCGGGCGUAAUACUUUUUAAGGCGGGCGUAAUACUUUAUGAAAAACUUGUGCGGGAUGAAAGAAAAUAGGACAGUGGGUAAAGCUAUUAAGAAAACAAUCAUAAAAAAGAAUAUUUCGUUACUUCGCGGGCCAUAUGUUGUGCAGGCCUGGUCUAAACUGAUACUUUUCAAACACACAAAAUAUACAAUGUCAAAGCCAUGCAAUGGACACAAAACUAUUAUUUCCCGCCUGAUAAAUCAUUUAAUUUACAAAUAUAUUUAUUCAGCUCUCAUGAGUCAGGAGUUGGAUAAAUAAUUGGUUUAUAAUGACAUUUUUAAAAAAAAAAUGCCGUUUACGCUUAGUGUUAACUUAUUUAUAUCACAUACUACACGGAAGUCAGCCUCAACUUGGAAACGUAACAAGGAGAGGGGGCGUGGUUUAGCCAAGUGGUUAAUUAAAACGCAGUACAGCGUAAAGCUUAAGUGACACUACAUGAUACACAUUUACAAUCAUUUAUUGUUCAUUACGAUUAAGGAAAGAGUAAACAAGCUUUAUUUUAAAGAGAAUAGCAUAAGGAUGGAAUGAAAAAAGACUUUUGGUAGGGUUCGGAGAUAAUUAAAAAAAAAGAAAAGAUCGAUUUAAUUUUGGUUUCAGUAUCGUGGACGCCGGGUCAGCCCGCACACCCCAAGAGGAAGUGGACAGAAAGCGUCAGAUAUCCAAUGCCAUCAUCGACCACUACAACUACCACACCUACAACACGGUAUGUCCGCUCCGCAGUUCUGGCCUUGCUUCUGUUGGGCGUGUCUGGGAUCAGUGGCGUACCAGGGGGCGGGUGGGAAGGGGCUUAUAUUACAUUAUAAAAACGAUGUGUGUCUGUGAUCAUAAUAAUAUAAUUAUUUUUAAAUAUAAAUUUUUUUUAUUUUUUUUAUUUUCAUCAGCAGCACCUUCCUGCCAUUGAAAGGGAAAACUAUAAUACAGCAAUAAUAUAAUUGUUCUUCUCCAAUCACAGAUUCUCAGCUACCUCCAAGCACUGAAGAACAGAUACACCAACAACGUUGAGCUGUCCAACCUUAACUACGUCACACACGAGGGCAGAGUUGUCGCCCUGGUCAAG